UUUCGCGCGCUUUUUCACCUGUUGCUUUGAAUAUAUGUAUCGCAUAAGUAUAAUAUUGUAACAAAGUUAUUUAAGUGUUAUUUUAAUGAUUAAAUAGUUAUUUUGUUGUUUAUUGAUAUACAGCAGUGUUUUCGUUUAAUAAAAAUAGUUCAUUGUUAGAAUUUUUUCCUACAACGUGCACUAUUUUGGAGUUUCUAACCUCUAAAACCGGAAUAUUCAUAUUUCAAGGUAUAGCAACUGGAUGAUCAUUCUAUUAAUAUUACUUGCUGCAGUUGGUUUAAAAACAUUCUAAUGCAAUAAUGGCAGAUUAUAUAUCUGCUGAAUUAGCAGCCACUUGUGCUGCAUUGGGCUAUUACGAUGGAAAAAAGUAUUAUUUGGAUAAACAUUGUCUAGAUGUUAUAAAGGAUUUGAUAAAAUACUUAAAAAGGGAUGACGAUGUUCAUACCAUACGUCGUUAUCUUGGCCAGGCAAAAUUACUUCAAUCUGAUCUCAUAAGAAUUUUUAUACAACACUUUGAUAAACUUGAAUUAUGGGAUGUGUUAUUAAGGUUAAUUAUUAAUUUAACAAGUCCUGCUUUAUUAAUUUAUAAUGAACAAAUACCUAUGGAGAAGACUAUGCGUAGUUUCUAUUUACAAAUAAUAUCACAUCUGCAAAGUUAUAAAGUGGCUUUAGCAGAUGAUCAAGUAUGGACAAUAGUUAAUAAUCGCUUGACCUCAAUCUUUAGUAUUGAUAAUAUGGAAAGAGGGGAAGAGAAUGAAAUGAUUGUUGAAAGAAUUUUAGCAUUAAUCAGAAAUAUACUUCAAAUUCCUCCUGAUGAAAAUGAAAAGCGUCCUGAUAAUGAUGCUACGGUUCAUGAUCAGGUAUUAUUCGCACUUCAUGCAUCUGGUAUUGUAGACAUAUUACUCUUUAUUGCAAGUAGUGCUAAAGAACAACAAUAUCAUAUGCAAAUUUUAGAGAUCAUAUCAUUAAUGUUACGUGAUCAAAGUGCAAGUCAAUUGGCAUCAGCAGGUUUGCAGCGUAGUACAAUAGAAAAGGAAAAGGAUGAAGCACAAUUACUAUCUAUACGACAGAAAGAAAGAUUGGAAAAAUUUGAAAAAUUAAAGAAGUACGCUGGUGCUAGGCAUUCACGUUUUGGCGGUACUUACGUGGUACAAAAUAUGAAGGCAAUCGGAGAUAAUCAAAUGUUAUGUCACAAACCUUAUGAAAAAGUCGAGGCACUCGAGUUCAAUUCCCAAAAGACGAAAGUAAAGAAACCGAAGAACAAAUUGGCGAUGCGGGAUUCAAUGAACGAACGAAGAUCAGCAUUAAGCGUAAGACUUUUUUUGAAAGAAUUUUGCGUGGAAUUUCUUAAUGGUGUAUACAAUCCAGUAAUGAAACACACGAAGUCCUGCGUUAUCAGUGACGUUCAAUGUGAUUCACCGGAGAGCAGUUGUUAUCUCUGGGCAUUACGUUUUUUUAUGGAAUUUAAUCGAUGUUACAAGUUUCAAGUAAAAUAUGUGAGCGAAACGAUAUCCACGGAAAUAUUUUAUAUAAUACAAAGACAAAUGAAUCAGUAUUAUGAGAUGAUCGUUACCGAUAAGGUGAGGAUACCGAUAUGGUCUCACAGAUUGCAUUUGGCUUUGAAAGCAUAUAAGGAACUCCUUCAUACCUUAAUGGCGAUGGAUAAAAGUCCGGAUCAAGAUAUAAGAGAAUCUAGUAAGGUCAUUAAAAGCAACGUGUUUUAUGUCCCGGAAUAUCGGGAAACGAUACUCUCUCAGCUUCUCAACUUCGAUGAACGUAAAAUGUCACGGAAAUACCUGAUCGACCUAGUAACGACCACCCACAUUUUUCUAAAGAUGUUGGAACAGUUUUGCGCCAAGGGACAACGAAGUCUCAUCGUGCAGAAGUUGAAGAAGAAGCGACACAAAAGUAGAAAGCAGAAAUCUGUAUCGCGGAAAGAAGAAGCGCCUAACCCGAGCUUAGAAGAUCGUUGGGACGAUCUGGCACCGGAAUUAUCUGUGGUGAUGCAAGAUGGAGGCUCAAUGCCGGAAAUGAUGCCAUUUGAUGCAACACUUGAUACACCUGUCGACGAUCAAAAGAGUGAUGCAAUGAAGAAAAUACAAAAACUAUUACGAUUGAAGCACUUUGAGAAUGCUGUUGGACUUUUGCGAGCUUGCCGAGAAGUCUGGCCGGAGAACGACUCCUUUGGAAGGGCUGAUAUACCGCCGGAGGAAGAAUUUCUAGCACUCCGCGAAAUCUUCUUUGCAGAUCUCGGUGUUGUAGAAAAUGACUUUCCGAUGCAACAGACAAGUAUGGAGAACAAUUUAGAAGAUAAUUUAGCUCGCAACGAUGAACACGAGGAAGAUGAAGAGUAUGACGAUGAAGAGGAUGUCGUGACAGAGGAAACGGAUUUUAAAUUAAACGAAUUUGUGCAUAGAUUUGCAAAUAUAAAGAUCGUUAAAGCAUUGACCAUUCUUCUGCAACAAUUCAAUAAGAAUACUAACGAGGUCAAUCAUUAUGUCACGAAAAUGUUGCACAGAAUCGCUUGGGAGUGUAAAAUGCCUGCUAUGAUUUUUCAAGCAUCGAUAUUUCGAACUUUUCAAAAGAUCCUCGACUCGAAAUAUUCUGAGCACAAGGAGCUCCAAAAGUUCGCAAUCUUCAUAAUCCGUCGUUUCAUCGAAGUCGCGCAGAAGAACCGGAAGUCGUAUAUGGAGUUGCUCUUCUGGAAGAACACGCGCGACGCGACGCAAAUCGUCGAGGGUUACAAUACCGAGACGGAUAAGAAGAAAGUUUUGCGUGGUGUUUGGACGGAGGAGGAGGAGGACGAGUUACGAACCCUCUUCAUGGAACAUCAGACUAACAAGCCUUCGGAAGAUCUGAUCGAUUGGAUACUCAACAGACUCAUCAACGAAACUCGCACACGUCGUGGUGUUAUUAAGAAACUGAAAGAGAUGUGCUUAGUCGUCAAUUCCAAGGCUGUAAGAAACGAGAUACAGAAGAGGUUACCGAAGGAAUGGUCCGAAGAGGAGAUCUCUCAACUCACAGAACUUUGGGAACAAUUGAGAGAGGAUGAAGAUCCAGUGGAACUUAUUUACAAUGGUUUAAGAAUAAAACGAACAAAAUUGAAGAUCAAAGAAAAGCUUUUAGAAUUGGGACUAGUCAAGGAUCGAAAGGAACUCUAUAAAAAACGAUCUAGAAAAAGUAAUCACGGAAAAUCGUCGUGGGAAACACAGUCUGGCAGUAAUUCUGACGAGGAGGAUCGGGACUUCGAGGAAGAAAGUACAAAAUCCUCGGGGCGUAACGACGUGGCUCGAAGUAAACCAACGAAAAAGAGAACGACGACGACUACUACUACGACGACGACGACGACGAAGACGAGGACGAGGAUGACGAAGCAAGGAGAAAGGUCGAGAAAGAAGCGAGACCAGAAGACGUUUCUUUACACGGAUGCACAAUUAUCUGGACUCUUGAAGGACGUCAUUGAAGGAAAUAUGAAGGAGUCAUUGGAAUGGAUCAAGGAAUCCUUAGAAGAUGCUUUGGAAGAUCGGGAUGAGGAAAGCUCAGAAGGAAUCCCCUUGGUACCAUUGACAGAUUAUUCAUCAAAUGCAAUGAAUUCGACUAGUUUCCAAAAAUUACUACGCGCCAUGGGCAUAGUACCACCAGCGGACCAACAGGAAAUCUAUUGGCGAAUUCCAUCGAACAUGCUCUCAUCUACCAUACGAAAACGAUGUGUUCUUAUUGCCGAUUCGUUGGAAGGGAAAUUCAUUAUCGAAGAUUCGCCUGCGAAUAAUAUCGGCAAUAAUAAAAAUAAUUCAACCGAUGAAAGUGACAGUGACGGCAAUGACGACGUAUUCGAAAAUGUAAAAAGAUUUUUCGCGAAUAAAGAACCUAUACCAUCGACCUCACGUGAAUCGAAUGUACCAUCGAACAUGGAAAAAUCCAAAAGGUCGAAUAAACGUGAUAUAAAAGCUGACGACACCGUCGGGCCAUUGGAAGAAGAAAAUGAAGAGAAUCAGGAAGAAACGGAGAGUAAUUUCCAAGCAAUCGAAAAUGUAAAAAAGGUUUCUAAAGGUCGCCUUAAAGUGCUUUUGGAUUCGUCUGAAUCUGAAACAGAAAUUGAAAGGAAAGCAAAUGAAUCAGCAGACGAAGGUAAAAGAAAUCGAAGUCAAAGUUCCAACGAGAAGGAAACUCCAUUGAGCAAAAGACCACGUUUAUUGGAUAGCGACGAAGAUUCUGAUGAAACGUUCAAAGUAAAAACUUCGAAAAAAUCUAAAAUUACUUUUAUAUCCGACAACGAGGAAGAUAAUCCAGAAGAAAUUUCUACUAACAACAAAUCUACGUCCUCACGAAUAAUCGAUAGUGAUGAGGAGGAGAGCGUGACGGAAAAAAAAGGAAAUUCGAAGCCUACUCGAAAGAUAAUAAGCGACGACGAAGAAGACAAUUAAACGUUCAAGAUAUAAAUCUAAUUAGUGUUCUAAAUCAACGACGCUUUUAUGUUACUAUAUGAUCGUAUAAAUUUUCAUAUAUAUUAUUUUUUGAAAAAAAAAAAAAAAAAAAAAAAAAAGGAUACUCCAUGAUAAUCGGAAGAUCUACGUUAACUACCUUACCAACUCGGUAAGAUAAGGUAGGUCCCUCUGUAUUAUUUUGAACUUUUGAGUUGUUUAUUCUAACCUCUUUCCUUUACCCAAGAACUUCUGUACGAUCUCCUGGAGGAGUACGAAUUACGAUAUCCCUAUUACGUUGGCCUUCGAAACGAGCGAUCGUUUACACCCGGGUUACACUUCAGGGUGCCAAGAAAAACAGUUCUCGAAAGGCGUCCACAUUUCGCCAAGUAACGACGAAGAGAACAUGCGAGCGUGGUGGUGGCGCUGCGAUCGUCAACGUAUUAUGUAUGCAUACAUAUAUACAUAUAUACAUAUACACGUAGUUUCUUGAGCUCGUAGUAGAGAUAGCAUACUAGAGCGUAUCGAUGAUAUAUAUAUGUGUAUAUGUUUAUUGAGGAGAGAGGGAAGCACAGUCGUUUAACUUCCUCGCUCGCAUGUUAGCCGUGUAACCGAUUGGCCAAUGUGGAUGACUUUACGUCUUUUGAUGGGCAGGUGAGGAGUCUUGGCGAGUGUCAACGAUACAUACGCGUGUAUCGGUACGUGAUCGUAUUCUAGAAACCCAUCGACUUGCCUUGGCUUUAACUUUGGAUUAGAAAAUAAUAUUCGUUGGUGAACGUGCUUCCGUCGCGUCGACGGUGUUGGCUCCUCGUGAACACAACGUCGACGUCGACCUCGACGAACGUGUGGGACCAAAGCGUAAUGUCGCCGUAAAGGACUCUGCGAGUCGCGGAUAUACGAUCAGGCGAUCAUACUUCAGCAAGUAAUCCUGGAAUCGAGUCUGUUUAUUCAGUUAUCUCAUUCAAAUAUCUCCAUUCAAGGUUUCAUAUUUCUUCAAUGGAAAACACGUACUCUUCGUCUUUCACUAUAUUUCGUCUUUUUCAAGAAAGAAUAACACAUAUUUCGUCUUUCUUUCUUCAUUGAAUCGUAUCACGUCUUUACGAAACGGCCAACCAUCAUCGUUCUCAACAAACAGGCAAACAUAAAGACGAUUCGUUCUCGUCGCUACUUUUAUAAAUGCAUCCGUGGAACUAACACAUUGGUUCGCCUUGGAAAAGUGAAGUGAAACAACCAACUUCAAUAUCAUGUUAUCCCCGUGGAAAGAUUUACCAGUCUCCGGUUAUGUUUGAUGCACCAUCAUUAUGUUUUUGAUUACGGCGGACUAUUUCCUGGUUCUCCAAGCAAGAGUCCAACUUCAACGACGGUUGCCUGUGCAGGUGGUUCUUCCCGAGUCCUUCUAAUUUCUUCCGCGACGACGCUAAGUACGACAGGUGCACCGACGUGAGUGAUUUGUGUUAGUUCCUCCAACGGUCUGGCAAGAACGAUUUCUCCUGAAUGAGGAAGUUGUAUAGAAUUGUUGAGCCUCGUCAAAGGUGGUGCCAAAGUAAAAAUUGGUGGUACAUCUUGUACAUCUUGGACUACAACCACGACGUUUAAACCAGCAAUAUUUCUUGUAUCCUUUCCAGGUUCUGUGUAAGGAUCCUAAGUAAUGAAAUUACUUAGAUUUGAAUUAAUUCUAUCGAAAAUAAGUGAUUGAGUAAACCCACCGUCGCGUACAUUGUGAGAGUAUACAUGGAUUGAGUCUCGAAAUCCAAUUCACCGAUCAACGUUAUAACUCCUCGAGUUUGCGAUGGUGUUUGUCGUUGUCUGAUUGUAAACAAUUCUUUCGGUUGCUAUGAAAAUAUUGAGAAAACAAAUUUUUAUUGUUGCUCCUUACGUACGAAGUAAAAGUUGUCAAGAAAAAAAUA